AUGGCACUCGACAACGACACCGUCAAGCAAUUGUUAGGAAAGCUUGAAGCGGACCGGGCGGCGUAUCAGGCAACUCAGAACAAACUUUACGAGGCCUUGAUCCAGGUUCUUCACCAGCAAAACGGGGCGUUGCCUCUUCAGCCUGAUAGUUUCCUCCCACCUCACUUCCAGAGAUCUCUCUCAGCAGAGUCAGAGGGCGAUACUGGGUCAUUCCGGAAGCCUCAGAGCUUGACAAGUCGGCGCACAGGCAGCAUCACUCUCGAUGGCGCUGGCAAGAAGAUAACAUCGCUCUACUCUGCCGAGGACAGCUCCGACAGCGAGGAUGGCGAGUCAUACUACGCCAACGAGCCAUUGUCGGAGGCCCUCUUCACGGAGGAAGACCUGCGCGAGCACAUCCGCCGCCAUGACUGGAAUCACUACGAGCAGCUGAUCUUCGGACCUCUGAAGCGGAGUAGCAGAUUGUACUCCCCAGUCAGCCUCUUCGCGGAUGGUGAACACACAUCAGAUGCCGACCACACCACUGCCGACAUCUACGAAGUCGGAGAGGACGGCGCGCCCCUCCAGCGCAGCCGCAGUGAUGUCGUGCACGGCGACCUUGCGGCCUGGGACGUGAUUCGCGCCACCAACGCCGACAAGACACGCAAGCAAGCCGUGGGCCGAAUCAUCGUGCUUCGCGAGCCAUCUCCUCUACUCUACGGCGCCCUCCACCUCGCCAUGUCCAAGCACUUCGACAUGGACUCGAUUUACCAGAUGCUCAUCUCCGACCAACAGCGCACGAAGGCCUACGUCAGCGGUGCCAACCACAGCGACCACCGACAUCAACGAUCACUCGUCUUCUGCUUCAAAUACCACACCCUAGUCGGCGAUAACCGCGAGCCGCUGGAAUGGCAGAACCACGACGACGAAUUGCACGAAAAGGAAGACCACAUCCCAAUCAGCACUUGCUCCGCCGUCCCGCCGCACCCGCAAGCCGAGCACUCUCACGUCUACGACCCUUUCGCCCCCUGGCACGUCAUCACAGUCCAGAACUUCCCCGACUGGAACUCCAGCAUGGACCUGCACGAGACCAACCACCACUACGUCAACGGCCCCGACGCCUUCCUCGUGACCCUCCUGCACGAAUACCGCGACGCGGCAAAACGCUUCCGCGAACUCGCCGCCAAAGUCACCCACUUCACCAUGCCAGCCCGCAAAGCCAUGUUCGACGACCGACUCCGCGACGAGCUCCUCUUCGAAUCCGGCGACUUCGUCUUCACGCGGCGGUACUUCUGGGCUUCCCAAACACUCGGCAUCCUCUCCGAAGAAGUCGACGCCAUGGUCAACACCUACCGGGACACCUUCACCGACGAAGUCUGGGCCGGCGAGCACCGGACCCUGUUCCCCGGCGCAGCCUCCACAUCCGCGCGCUUCGCCAACUGGCGCAAGAAAAUGGUGCACACCCGCAAACAGUUCGAUGCCGUCAUCACAACCCUCCUGUCGAUCCAGCGCACAAUCAACAAAGAGCAAAAGGAGAUCAAGAACCUCCGCGAAUGGCUCUUCAGCGGCACCUCGGUCCAAGAAUCCCGACAAGCCGUAAAACAAGCCCUCAUCACAGUCGAGCAAGGCUACAACAUCAAACUCCUCACUUUGGUCACAAUCUUCUUCCUCCCGCUAAUGUUCGUCACGGGAGUCUUCGGCAUGACCAACAUGCCGCCCGAAGACGACUUUGUGCCGGCCAUCGCCAUGGCCUGCGGCGUCUGCCUACCCACAUACCUCCUAAUCGCAGUAAUCAACAAGCCCGAGGCGUUCCAAAAGGGCGUCGCCUGGCUGCUGUGGCCGUGGGUGCUGUGUUAUGACUGGACGAAGAAGAGCGAGGAGCUUGCUGUGGGCUAUGCGGCGCGUUACAGGGAGAAGUACUUGACGAGGGUGAAGAUGAAGAAGGGGGAGAAGGCGGCGCAGAAGGGUGGGUGGAUGGGGUUUCAGAGCGGCGGGCAUGGGAGGGGUUGGGGACGGAAUCGGAGCGCGACGUUUGCGAGUCUGGACGCACGACUUGAGCAGGAGCGGCAGAUGAGUGGAAGCGGAAGCGUGGGCGGUGGCAGAGCCAUUGGUGGUGGAAGGAGAGCGAGCAGGCCGUUCGCCUUUGCUCAGCCCAGCGACACGGCAGUCGACGUCUCCUAUACUGCUACUGCUGGCAAAUCUGACAGCGGACGGCCAAUGACGCUCGGUGGAAGCGCCAGACCACCGCCCUUCCCGACAGGUGCCGACCCAAACUCGAGAGAUAUCACCAACAGCCUAAUGUCAGCCACGCCACCAAAGGUGGCGCACAGCAGGCGCAACACACGCGAAAGCACGAUCCGCUUCGAUACGUCGACCUUCCACUCCCGAGAAAGAUCGACUCCUCAGCAUUCUAGCGGACCUUCCGUCAACCCCAGUCCACACGCCAGUGUAGGCCAGCUCACCGUUACCGAAACCAGCGACACCGGACCUGGACACGUUAGCGAGACCGUGAACGAAGGCCUUGCUCCGUAUGACAAUCGAAUGGUGAGAAACGACACCGCAGUCUCCGUUCCCGAAAUCACAGUCGACUCGCCCACAACACCGCCUCGAGCUCAGCGGCCGGGUUUCCUGCGGCGGUUAUCCAGCAGGAUCGGGACCGGUGGUGCACAUGGUGAUGGGAAGAGCCAGGUCUGA